CUGCGCUUCCUCUUUUUCAACUUCACAGUGCUGUGCAAAUUCUCAUAAGGGAAGUCAGUUGUUGCAUCAGCUAUACGGUACCAUCAAAAUAUUGGUGAAAGACUUUGUGGUUCUGCUUCUGAUUGAGGAUACCACAGAUUGUCUGACAGAACAUUUCUUCAUAAAACAUGAUUUGUGAAGCACAUUUGCCAAGAGUUAUUUGUCUCAGUUUCAUUUUGACAUUUGGGUUCAUAUUCACUCUGUCAUUUACAAGGGCAGAUACUGCACUCCAUUACUUUGACUUUGACAACAUUACCUGCAUCCUCGAUAUGAAAGAUCAACUCAACUGUUCUUGGAAUAUAACUGGUCUCCCUAAAAAUGCUCAGUACUCAGCUUAUGUAGGCCAAGGAAAGUCAACCCAUCAAUUGAACUGUUCACAUGUUGCAGCAAAUGAGUCUGUUAAAUGCCACGGCCAUAUUGCUUUAAAACAAUCAAAAUACAUGGUUGUUAAAGUAAAUGUUUCUAUACCAACGCACUGGUACAUCAUUGGGAAGGAGAUUAAUAAAGUAAAUAUAGAAAAGCUUGACCCCCCAAAUAACAUUAAGAUUUCAAUCCAUUUAAAUAAGCUGAAAAUAAAUUGGACAUUUCCUGAGGGUGAAAACAAUGAAUGUUUAAAGUAUGAAUUACAGAUCAAUGAUGAGGUGGUUCAUCUGUCAAAAGGAGAGUUGUCAUAUGUUAAGGAAGACACAGACCUGACAAAGAAGUAUGCUGUUAAGAUGAGGGUGACGAAAACUCAGUACUGCACUGCUGCCAGUUAUUGGAGCGACUGGAGCAAUGUUCAAGAGGUUGGCCCAUUUGAAAAGGUGUACCAGGUGAAUCCAUGGGUGAUAAUAGUCAUAGCAUUUGUCCUUCCUAUGCUCCUUUUGUCUUUCCUGUUGAUCUGCAAGUGCCAAAGGCUCAUAGAAAAGCUUUUCCCUCCCAUCCCGAGCCCAUCUGUAAAACUUCUUGAGAAAGACGACUUCUGCCAGCAUUUGCCUUCCGGUUAUGUGGAGCAUGGCACAGUCACCACAGUGUAUGGAGUUGAGGAAAGGAAUUGUUAGAUCAUGGGAUAAAGAUCUUUAGACAUCCAAAAUAAUCCCAGAAUCCAUAUUUGUAAAUACUUGGAAAGGCUACAUUCAUUGGUUGUGUUUACAUGUAUAUCAAUAGUCUUGUAUUGUACAACAAAUGUUUUGUUAUUUAUGUUUCAGUCCUGUGCAUAAGCAUAACUUGUUAUCAGUCUGCAGCACAUGCACACUUUGGUCAGAGUAUAUAAAGCAUAUAAAGUAUAAUGCAGUGCAAUUAAAACUGCAGUACUCCACAUAUUACUGUGAUUAUGGUUACUCUAAUUAUGAGCAGAAUUGUAAUAACAUAACAGAAUUUUCUAUACAUGUGCUCUAAUUUAAUUUCAGUACUGCCUUAAUCGCAUUACAAAGGGGCAUCUAAAUGUAUCCAAUGAAGAAAUUAGGGAGUUGAACUUAAAAUGUCCUUUGGUGACUUUUUAUAAACAUGUAU